AUGGGUGCUGGUGCCAGUACGCCCUCCCCCGAGCCUGCCACGGCAGCCGGAGUAUGCCCUGUUGAUCACAAAACUCGCGAGGCAUGGCUACAACAACACAAAGCAUCCGGGGGAGCUGCCCCUCCUCCUCACCCAAUGCCGCCUUCAGAAGACAGUCAAUCGAAGGCGAAGAUGCAACGUCCACUCUCCACCGAUCGUGAAGUAAGCAGCAUCCCACGCGCCAUCGAACCCCAAUCCCAGCCGUCAUCUCCCGCAUCACCCAACGCUCCGCCAUCACCAUACUCUUCCCCGAGCGCAUCGCACGGCGCGCCAUCGAACGACGAGGCUGAGACAGGCCACGACCCCAACACUGGCAAUUGGAUCUAUCCGUCCGAGCGACAGUUCUUCGAGGCGCUGAUGCGCAAGGGCAACACACCUUCUUCCACAGAAUCGGCUUCUGAACUGGCCACCACUGUCGCGUCCAUUAUCCCCAUUCAUAACGCCGUCAACGAGCGCGCAUGGCAGCAGAUUCUGGAAUGGGAGAGUCGAGCUCCCAGCAGUGACCCCGGCAGCAAGAAAUGUGGAGGCCCCAAGCUCUACUCAUUCCGCGGCCUGGGCGUCGACCCUCAAUUCCUGAGCCCUCGGGCGCGAAUCAACAACCUCAUGGGCUACCAGCUACCAUUUGACCGACACGAUUGGGUUGUGGAAAGGUGUGGUGGUGAAAGAGUUGAGUACGUUAUCGACUUCUACCAAGGCAAGACAUCGGGAGGGGCCACCGGCGCUGGUUUGGCCGCCAAUGCUGGUCCGGGCAAAUUGAGCUUCUACUUGGACGUCAGGCCUAAGAUGAACACCUGGGAGGGCUGCCGUAUGCGGUUUAGCAAGUUCGCGGGACUGUAG